AGGGAGGAACAGUUUUUGCCGCUAGCAUUUUUGCUAUUAGCCACAUAACGCCGUUUACGAUUACACGUUUAGGUGGCUUGAAAAACUUGUAAAAAAACAAAAACAAUGUUAAAACUUACUUGUGAAAUGUAAUUCCACGUGAUCGGCUCUGAAUCGAGCGCCGAUUACUGCAUCCGAAGGCUGCACAAGCAAAAGGCAUGGUUGCAAUCGGUUGCGAUUCUCCGUUCAGUGGCUCAGUCUAUGUGGUUGUGAAUGUAGCCUAGCUUAGGUUGACCCCAGCAAUAUGGCGGCUCCGCUGGUUCACUCAGGAUCACGUGAUGCGGCGUCUAUUCUUCAUGUCUAUGCACCAACCGACCUUGAGUGUGUCCUCGGAUUAAUUCUCGCUCGUGAUUGGUCAGCUCCGCGGAGCCGCAUCGUGUUUGUGGGCUCUGAUUGGUGCAUCCGGCCGUCCGUCGUGGAGUCCCCGCCCCCCGCCGCGUCUGGUUGGAUCCGCUCCGGAGCCUUUCUCUCGGCGGUGGGUCGGAGCCGCUGUCCCUGGCCUCGCAUGUUCCCCUCGGCAUUCCUGUUUUGAAUUUAUGCCCCUCUGCUAGAUUUGUUCCGUUUCCGCCUCCGAAGCGCCGCGGCCCGAAGCUCUGCCGAUUUUCACGCCCCGACAUUUCCCACUCUCGACCCCCGAUCAUGGCUGUGGUGAGCGGAUCGUCCGGGCCGGUUGCCCGGCUGGAGGGCCGUGAAUUCGAAUACAUGAUGAAGAAGCGCUCGGUGACCAUCGGCCGGAACUCCUCCCAGGGCUCCGUGGACGUCAGCAUGGGCCACUCCAGCUUCAUCUCCCGGAGGCAUCUGGAGAUCUUCACCACCAGCGAUGACGGCUCGGGCAGCGGCGACUUCUACCUGAGGUGUCUCGGUAAAAACGGGGUGUUUGUGGACGGCGUGUUCCUGAGACGGGGCGCCCCUCCUCUGCAGCUCCCGCGGAUGUGCACGUUCCGCUUCCCCAGCACAAACAUCAAAAUCACCUUCACGGCGCUGUCCACCGGGAAGAAGGUGAAGCGGGAGCUGCCCGAGUCUCCGGUGAAGGCGGUGCAGCCGCAGAUCUCCCCGCUGACCAUCAACAUUCCAGACAACAUCUCCCAUCUAAUGAGCCCCCUGCCCUCCCCCACGGGCACCAUCAGCGCUGCUAACUCCUGCCCCUCCAGCCCGCGGGGCGCCGGCUCCUCAGGCUACCGGAUGGGCGGUCGCAUGGUCAGCUCUGCAGAGCUGCAGCUCAUCAACGACAACUCCCAACCCGAGAACGACAAGGAGGCCUCGGGGGGGGACAGCCCCAAGGACGACUCCAAGCCUCCGUACUCCUAUGCACAGCUGAUCGUUCAGGCCAUAACUUUAGCUCCGGACAAGCAGCUCACACUAAACGGAAUCUACAAUCACAUCACCAAGAACUACCCGUACUACAGGACCGCCGACAAGGGCUGGCAGAACUCGAUCCGCCACAACCUGUCCCUGAACCGAUACUUCAUCAAGGUGGCCCGGUCGCAGGAGGAGCCGGGGAAGGGCUCCUUCUGGAGGAUAGACCCGUCGUCGGAGGCCAAGCUCAUCGACCAGGCCUUCAGGAAACGAAGGCCGCGGGGCGUCCCGUGCUUCAGGACGCCACACGGACCGCUCUCCUCCAGGAGUGCACCGGCUUCUCCCAACCACUCGGGGGUGCUGUCUGCCCACUCCAGCGGCGUCCAGACCCCCGACAGUCUGUCCCGAGAGGGCUCGCCGGUCCCCCUGGAGGCAGAGACGCCCGCCGCCCCCACCCCGGUCUCCACCACGACCAUCCAACCUAAGCUGGCGGUGAUCCAGGAAGCACGCUUUGCACAGAACACAGCAGGCUCGCCUGUGAACAAUCAGCCAGUACUCAUCGCGGUCCAGCGCCCGUUACCUCAAACCAUCAAGCCCGUGACCUACACCAUGGCCUCCCCCGUCAGCUCCAGCACCCCCCAGCCCGCCGUCCAGACGGUCCACGUCCUGCAGCAGAUCCCCGCCGGAUCCCUCAGCCCAGCCGUCAUCGCCCAGCCCGCCACCAUCAUCAAGACUGAACCGCAGGAGAACGGCGAGCAUGGAGAGAUCAAAGUCAAAGUGGAGGCGGUCCCCGCCGUCGGAUCGAUAGGCGCCUCCAGUCGCAUCAUCCAGAGCUCGCCGUCGGCCCCGCCCCUGCAGACUGUUACCAUCGUGCAGCAGGCCCCCCUGGGGCAACACCAGCUGCCCAUCAAGACCAUCACACAGAACGGCACCCACAGCAUCACCACUGCCCUGCAGGCGCCCGCCAGCUCAGGUCCAGCGGCCAGUCCGCUCCACCUGCUGGCGGCCCACGCCUCCGUCUCCGCCUCCCUCCCCACCAAACGCCAGAACGGAGACCAGCCGGCCAGCGAACAGCCGGACGCCAAGCGAGCAAAAACGGAGGACGAGGCGGCGCCGCCCCCACCCGCCAACUCGGACUCGCCCGCCAACAACGAUCAGCCCAACUAGUCCGGUUCGCCACAGACCCCGAGAGCCCCCCCCACCUCCUCCCCCUCAUCUGUUCAGUUUCUCCUCCUUCACUCCUGAGGUGCCAAACGGGGGCGACCCUCUUCAAAACGGAAAACCACGCCCACCCCUUCCAGCGCAGAGAACCGGGCCGAGGGUGACCUGUGAGGAGGGGCGGCGGGGGCGGGGGGUGUAACCCCAGCUCGGCCUGGACGCCACCUUCGUGUCACAUCUACCUCACAGCAGAUGGGAGACCCCGGCACCCCCCAACCCCGACCCGUUUGGGCGGCUCCGGGAGAUCGCAGUUCAACGACGGUUUCAAAUGGGAUCGAGUCGGAGCCAAAAUCCCCCCGAAAAUCCUGGCAGCUCACGAAACUGACCUUCCUUAAUCGCAGCUGUUGGUAGAUAUGCAGUAUUUUGCUGUUGGACACGUGGAGCAUAGGAGUUUUUUAUGUAUUUUCACUUAUCUAGAAAAGUAAUAAUUUAAAUAAAGGAAGUGUUGCAGAUGUUCCGGUUGGUGACAUUUCAGUAACUACGUUAGAAAAAAAACCCUCUUAUGUGAACUUCUCUUUCCGUUUGGGUGAAACUGUGUAAUCGUUCUUGGUUAACUCCGCCCCCUCCUCCCUUCACCGCUCAUAUCCGUAUGAAAUGACGUCAUAAUACCUACAUAUUUUAAUACCCGCACAGAUAUAAGCAGAUCUCCAUGUGUAGUUGCAGAUGUUGCAUGUGUCCGAUUACGGAGAAAAACUUAAGCUGAACAGAGAAAAAAAGAAAAAAAAGUCCACACCAGACCUGCACUUGAUUUGUGUUUUUUUAUUUCCCGCUCCUCUUCUUCCCUCCUCCUCCUCCUCAUGGUCCCUCCAGGCUGUGUCGAUGUUGUGGUGUUUUGGCAGACCCCCCCACCCCAACCCGCCCUUCACAUUCACUUAUUUGCUUGAUUAUUUUGCUCUGUUCUGGCGACCAGGCGAGUCUGUUCUUCUGAUUGUACACGUUCCAAACAAUAUUAAGAAAAAAUAUUGAUGUUUGUUCUGCUUCAGUGGAGAAAUGCUUUCUUUUUUAAUAAAUUAAUUUAAAGUCG